GGGCCCGGGCGGACCGGGACAGUGGCCCGCUGAGCAGCUGGGCGGCGCUGAAGAGCGGGUGGGGGGGCGCGGAAUUAGGGGGCAGCUCCGCGAGGGACGGUUUCUGCCUUUGUUCCCCCCACUUUGGCCGCCCCCCACCCGCCGCCCCCUUUGCUCCGCGCUCUUGGCUGGGUCUCAUGGCCUCCCCUCUCGGUCUGUGUCGCCUGUAGGAUGGCGGAGGUACCGCCUGGGCCUAGCAGCCUCCUCCCACCGCCAGCACCUCCGGCCCCGGCGGCGGCCGAGCCCCGCUGUGCCUUCCCGGUGGGGGCUGCCCCCGCCUGCUGCAGCGAGGACGAGGAGGACGACGAGGAGCACGAAGGCGGCGGCGGCGGCAGGAGUCCGGCGGGCGGCGAGGCGGUGGCGGCGGCGGCCAAGGGACAUCCGUGCCUUCGCUGCCCUCAGCCGCCGCAGGAGCAGCAGCAGCUCAACGGAUUGAUCGGCCCCGAACUGCGGCACCUCCGCUCGGCCGCCUCCCUCAAGAGCAAGGUCCUGAGCGCGGCCGAGUCAGCCACGACUACGGUCACCCCCGACGGGGGCCCCAGAGCAACUGCAACAAAAGGAGCUGGGCUACGCUCGGGCGAAAGCCCCCCUCACUCCCUCCCUAAUAAUGCAAGAACUGCGCUCCCCAGCCCGGCAGAGGCAGCGACGGCGAGCGGUCCCGCGGCGACCCGCAAUGGACUGGCCGAGGGCACUGAGCAGGAGGAGGAGGAAGACGAGCAGGUGCAGCUGCUGUCUUCGUCCCUGACUGCCGGCUGCAGUUUAAGAAGCCCCUCGGGCAGGGAGGUUGAGCCUGGGGAGGAUCGGACGAUACGAUAUGUCCGAUAUGAAUCCGAGCUACAAAUGCCCGAUAUCAUGAGACUGAUCACCAAAGAUCUGUCUGAACCCUACUCCAUUUAUACCUAUAGAUAUUUUAUCCACAACUGGCCACAGCUGUGCUUCUUGGCAAUGGUAGGGGAGGAGUGUGUAGGUGCCAUCGUUUGCAAGUUGGAUAUGCACAAAAAGAUGUUCCGCAGAGGUUAUAUAGCCAUGUUAGCUGUGGAUUCCAAAUACAGGAGAAAUGGCAUUGGUACUAACUUGGUUAAGAAAGCUAUAUAUGCCAUGGUUGAAGGAGACUGUGAUGAGGUAUGGUUACCAUGGUAUUCCUACCCACAGCUGAUUAUCAUAUAUGAUGAGAAUACAAUGGAAUCAUAAUUUCUUAAUGGAAGGUGUGAAAUCAUGUCAUAAUUUUUCAACUCUACUUACAUUAAAAACAUUUUUACAUUGGAAACCCAUAAUAAACAUCACAGAAAACUUGGAAAAUAGAAGAAAGUCUACCACCUGAUGUUUUCUUGUAGUUCUUUUUAGUUUUGAUAUGUAGUUUCUGUCUUUUAUAAACGUGGCCUGUUGCAGACUGUCCAUAGCUCUUAACCACUACACCACCAGGGUUUCCAGAUUAUAUUAUAGUUCACUAUAUUUUAUACAACAGUGGCUGAACUAGAUUAUUAGGAACCAAAGAGAUGUGAGUUAUUUUCUGUUAAAAUAUUAAAAUAUAUAAGGGAAAAAAAUCCCAUUGUACUUUCCCCCCCGAUAAUGUACAGCAAUGAUUUCUUAGCUUUAUGUUGUUUAAUAACUAUAUAUUUAACAUUUUUGUUUCUCUGGAAACAUAUUUUGACUAUGAGUUAAGGCUGCUAGAUGAAGGAUGGGAUAAGAUGGGUUUUUGAGUAAUGUGAAGGUUUGAGAAACUUGGGUUUUAGAUUCAUCUUCUGUCACUUGAUAGUUGUGUAAUUGUAAGCAAGUCAUUUAACUUUUUAUAGUCGGUCUCUUUAUGCAUUGUGAUGGUUAAUUAUCUUAAAAGGAUGUUGUGGAGAACAGGGAGUAACUUUGUUGUUACUCGUUCCGCAAAUAUCAGCCAGGUGUCGGCCAUUGUGCUAGUCUAGGUUCUAGCAGCGAACAAACCAGCCCUCCAAGUGCUCCUAGCCUACAACAUUAAAACAUGUGUUCUGAACUGUAGUCGUCUGACUUAAACGCUGGUAAUUUUUGGUUUUUAAGGGAAUCAGUGGAACUAGACUAUAACCUGUUUUAUCUGUUAAGUAAAAUUUAGGAUUAAAAUGACUUCAUUAUCCUUUGGUUUCCUAUAUGUUCUCAUGAUAUAGACCAAAAAAAUAGCUUUAUAGUGAGUUUCCAGUAUAAACCCAGAUUCUCUCUUGAUGUUUACAAGAAUUUAAGCAAUUAACUAUUAAAAGUAAGUUACUUUUUCCUUGGUAUUUUCUGUUGUCAAGAAACUCAUGAUCUCUUUGUUUAGAAAAUAUAAGUAUGCCAGGUAUCUUUACAUUUUAACUAAGUUUAGCCCUUUGUGUAGUUUUUUUUUUCUGUGUAAUUGGACUUCAUUUCAUUAAUCUGUUAGGAUGCUAGCAAACCUGAAUACAUCUCUUAACCAUACCUCAAAUGUGUAUUUAUGCAGCCAUGGUUAGCCUGAGGAUUCCCUGGGUAGUGUAAAUUGGUUAAUGUGCUUGGCUGCUAAUUGAAAGGUGGACGGUCAAGUCCAUUCAGAGGCACCUCUGGAGAAAGAUCUGGCAAUCUACAUCCAAAACAUCAGUCAUUGAAAACCCUGUGGAGCACAGUUCUACUCUGACACACAUGAGAUUGCCAUGAGUCAGAACUGACUCAGCGCGGUAACUGGUUUUGGUUUAGCCUCAGAUGUGUAUUGAGUUUCUUAGAUUGCUAAAUAUUAAUGAAGGUAGACUUAGAUCCCCUUCAUUGUAGUUAGACCUUUUCCCAUUUGCUGCUUUGUUUUACCCUGGGUAACAAUUAGAGAAGUACAGGAGAGUGGUUACUAUUAAACUCUAGCUCCAAUGUGGACUGUGGCCUGCCCCUGUUCUUCUGGUGGGUGGCCUCGGGUUUCCCUCACCUGUAAAAUGGAAGUAAUAUCUAUUUCAAAAGGUUAUUGUAAAUGUAAAAUGAGAGAAUGAAUGUAAAAUGCUUCACAUGGUACGUAAGUCUCCAAUAAAUAUUAGCUAUUGAAAAUUGUCUCAUUUUGUUUCUGUGAAAUCACUUCCAAGUUUUGAGGUGUUACAGCUUUAGUGCUUCCCGUAUUAAUUGCUUAGAUUUAACAUUUUAGUUAUAAUUAUCUGUAGUUACAUGCUCACCUAAUAAAAGAAUUCCAGGAAUUACCAAGAGUAAUACUGAAAACUGAAAACUUGUAUUGACCAGAACUUGUGUUCCAGAUUGGAGUAUGGCAUACAUUACUAAAAAUCAAAUUCUCUUUUCCUCAGAGAGAAAUUGUUGGCUUCUAAUUCUUAUCUUAAACCAGUAUGUUUGCUAUACAACUUUGAUUAAGUUCUUCCUAGAAACUUUUUCCAUUGACCCUGAACUAUUAUUUGUUUUAGAUCUUUUGAAGGUUUUAUAUACUUACGUGAGUUAAUCACAUAGGUAAUUGCCUUAAGAUGAUGCCUACUCAGCUUUACAGAAAAAGUUUGCCAAGCCCUGGUCCAGACCAGGAGUUCUCAAAUUAGUCUGCAGUAUAAUCACCUGGAGGGUUUGUCAAACUAGAUUGCUGAGCCCUACCCCCAGAAUUUCUGAGAGUUUUUUCAGGAUGAUGCUUUCUCUGAUUUUGUGUACAGUGAAAUCUGUGAGUGUGGAACUCGCUAGAACUGCCUUGUUUUUCCAGGUCUCCCAAGUUUUCUGCCUUUGACAGGGUACAGUCUUAAGUUUUUCCAUUGCUUGUUUUAGUGGAAAAUACAGUGAAACCUGUAAGAGCUGGAACGCGACAGGACUGCCUCAUUUUUCCAGGUCAUUCAAGUUUUCCACCUUUGACAGGGUGUGGUCUGUCACUUUUGCAUUGCUUGUUUUAGCGGAAAAUACAUACUAUAAUCCACAUCUAUGAAGUCACCCAUCUCCUUCAUUAUACUGAUCAGCUGAUAGUGAUGCAGCUAUAAAAUACUGUCCAAGUAUUCUGGUCAUUGAAAACCAUGGCAAUACUUUUGUUUAAUAUUUGCAUCUUGUAUGUAAUAUAAUGAAAGAUAUUAAGGAUAUAUAAUUAACAAAUCUAUCAGGCAGUGUGCUAGGUACAGAGGAAACAGCUGGGAAGGAGAUGUGCGUGGUCCCUGUCUUCCUUGGGAUCACUAGCUAGGAGAGAAGACAUUCUCAUCAAACGUGGAAUAUGUGUUUCCUAGGACCAGUACAAGGGUAGUAUAAAAGGGGAGGGAUGAUAUUCCAUCCCAUCUGGAGUGACAAGCUAAGGCUAGAAGGGAGGAGGAUAGGAAGAGCGUGCCUCCAGGCAGAGGAAGCAGCUGAUAUAAAAGGUCUAAGAUGGGAAAUUUUCAUCAUGGUGGGUUCCAGAAACAAAGUUUGUAUUGAGGGUGGAGAGCAAAGGGAGAAAUACCCAAAGCAGAGCUGUAAAUGUAGGUGGAGGCCAUAUCUUGAAGGGCUUUUUACAUUCUCUUUAGGUUAUCUUUAGGUUGUAGACUUUGUCUUGAAACCAAAAGGGAGUCAAUAAAUGGUUUUAAGCAGAGAAUCAACCAGUGAUCAUUCUAACUACUUGUAGAUAAUGGGAGACAAGUAAGGAGGCUGUUGUAAUUAUGAGUCUUGAUGGCAGCUUGGACUAGGUGGUUAUCAGUGGAAUAGGAAGAGGACCAGUUAGAGAAUAUUUACAAUAUAGAAUUGACAUUAGUGCUUGGAUGUAUCUAAAGGGGAGGAAAGAGGUUCGAGGAUGACUCUGGGGUUUCGGGAUUGAGCCUCUGGUGAGAUGGAGAUCCUGCUUACUGAGAUAUGGAAUUGUGGAAGAGGAGCAGAUUAUGAACUCAAUUUUGGAUAUUUACAUCUAUUGCUUGAAUUCUUGUCUGAUUUUUUGAGAACUUGAGCUAGAACAGGAAGAGAUUCGUAUGCCUUCCUUGGGCCUUUGUUUAAUCAUUGUUUGCCAUCUGCCCCCUCUCAACAAACCUGAGGGUUAUGACACCCCAACAGUAACAGUGGCUCAUUAUGGCGAUAAUUCUCAAUGGGAUAAGUCGAGGAUCAGUACAAAAGGCAAAUAAAGCUAUGUAUAUAAAAGUUAGGGGAAGGGAGCAGAAGGGUGUUUUUGUAGAGGGAGGUAGAAACAUUAAGAAAAUCACACUUAAUGUUCAAAAGUAUCAGUUCUUCAUUGUUAGGGUCACUGAUCCAGUAAUAUUCAAAAAGACCCAGAUGGAACUUAAUACUAUGUAUUCCUCUGUUAAGUUUUGAUACUAUAAUGUCUAGACCCCCCCCCCAAAAAAAAAAAAACCAUUGCUGUCGAGUCGAUUCUGAUGUCUA